ACGCAAUAACAUCGAUAUGAUUUUGACUCGUGAACAACCUAGCCUUUAAGGCAGUUGGCCUUAUCUCAAAAUGUCACGCCCUAGGACCCUACUUCAAUGGUCGCGAUCAUUAGUCGCUGACUGGACAUGCCACUUUCAGCACCGACCCUGCUCUCUAGCAGUCCCAUCCAGAACCUACAGUACUUCCCAUGCCACAUUCCCUUUCAGACUGAGAAGACCCCCUUUCCCGGCUCAGAACCUGUUCUCAGCCCAACCUCGGAACAUACAGACCGGCCAAUAUUUCGACAAGUGGCAUCCGACCGCAGGAGCAGAGCCUGGACUCAGUCCAGUCUCUAACGAAGCUGAAUGGAAUCCGCCAGAAGCGGGACCAAAAGGGGAAAUCAGGAUCAUCGACUAUUCCAACCGACAAAUUGAGGAGCACGAUGUCAAUGGCACUGAUCUGGAAGUAUUCCUUCGCGAUCAUCCCAAGCCUCAAUGGGCCGCCACUCGUUGGAUUUGGGUCAACGGCCUCAACUUCGACAUUAUCAAAUGCAUCGGAAGUAGCAAAAACUUGCACCCUCUAGCCCUCGAAGAUGUGAUGGACACUCACACGACGACCAAGGUUGAUUGGUACGAAGAUCACUGUUUCUUGGAAAUGAACCUUGUCAAGCUGGCACAUGGAGAUCAGACACCAUCCUACGCACCUUCGACCGAUCCGCAUUCACAUGGCGAGAUCAAAGAGCGCGGGAGCUGGCGUACCUUGGUUCCAGGCCGCUUUGGCAUGUCAGUGGAACAGGUGUCGGCUUUCUUAACAAGUGACAACACAGUGAUAACCAUAUUCGAACACUCUGGUAGAGACGUCCUGGACCCGAUAAUGACUCGACUGCGAUCGACACAGACUGUAGUUCGAUCAAGCAACGAUCCAUCCAUGCUUCUUCAGGCAGUAGUGGAUGCUAUCGUCGAUUUAUCACUCCCGAUAGGCAGAGCAGUGGGUCAAGCCUUCGACGAUCUGGAGCAGGCUGUCCUUGCAAAACCGACCAUCGGCCAGUCCAAGCAGUUGCAUAUCUUGAGGUCGGGCUUGACACAACUUAUGGAGAAUGCGAACGCUAUCGGGAUUCUGGUCCGGACACUUUGCGAUCACGGCAGCGUGCCUGGGUCGGGACGCGCAGAAGGCUCACCGAUCAGCCCGCUUAAGGAGCAAGUCAAGACAAGUGUCGAGAUAUCGCCAACUACACAGAUAUACCUUCGCGAUGUCCAAGAUCAUGUCACUGCUCUUUCGAACAACACCCGCACCUCGAUCCGCUCUGCCGAAAACCUGUCUUCACUCAUUUUCAACACGAUCGCAGCGAGCCAGAACGAAAGCGUGCGAUCUUUGACCCUAGUCUCGAGCUUCUUCCUGCCGUUGACCUUCUUGACUGGCUACUUUGGAAUGAACUUUGACCCGAUGCCCGUUGUGAACAACCACAGCGAUCAGUUUUUCUGGGUUAUUGCGAUCCCAGUAAUGGCCAGCACGAUGGCGCUGUUGAUGAAGACGAGAUCCCGAAUUAAUCGUACGGAGCCAUGGGCUAGGCAGACCACACAGGCGGAUCCAGCUUCUGAUAGAAGGCUUCGAAGGUGAGAUGU